AUGUCCAUAAGAGAUACUGGUCUUUCCUCCUCUGCCCCGCCCCCACACACUCUGGACAUCCCUCUGAUUGGUUCAUCCGUGCACAUCGCUCGCAGCUCCGGCAGAAUCCUCCUGGACCUGCUCCAGACCCGGUUUCACUGCGAGGCCCAGAUCCUCGGUGUAGACCUGGACUUGGGCCCAGGGCAGAGAUCACACAUAGUCCCUGACAAACGCUUCGAGACCACACUGUCCUCUGGUGUCCGAGUGUCCGUGUGGAAAGCGGAUCUGGGAAACUUCUCGGCUGUGGCUGUGGUCAACGCGGCCAACUCAAAGCUCCAGCAUCACGGAGGUCUGGCCCUGGCUCUGUCCACCGCAGGAGGACCACUGAUUCAAAAAGAGAGUGAUGAUCAUGUCCAGAGCUGGGGAGAGGUGAAGACAGGAGAGGCCGUGGUUUUGGGAGCAGGAAAUCUUCAGUGCAAAGCUGUUAUUCACGCUGUUGGCCCUCACCUGUCCUUCAGACCCAAUCACCAUGAGGUUUCAUUGGCUACAGGUCAGCUGGAGAGAACCAUCAAGAGUGUGCUGGAAAUAGUGGAGAAAAAACAGUUUGAUACAGUGGCAAUUCCAGCCAUAAGCUCCGGAAUUUUUAACUUCCCGCUGUCCGAAUGUGCAGAGGUGAUAGUCAGCACGGUGAAGAAGUUCUAUGGAAGUGACACGUCUCACAGGUUUAAGCCCAAAGAGGUUCUGCUGGUGAACAAUGAUGACCCCACAGUGGAGGAGAUGAGGCGGGCGUGUACCAGGCUCCUGCUCCCUGCCCUGUGUCCUCAGCCAGGCAGCAGCAGCAGGAAACUCACCCCUGACCAGAGGAGCAGCUAAAAGCGACACUACUCCUCCUUUUCCCCAAGUACAGUUAGGAACAGUGCGGGUGGAUUCCUGAGGAAGGGAAACCUGGAGGAGCAGAAGAUGGAUGUGAUCGUGAACACCAUUGGGCCGGAUAGAAAUCUGAGCAUGGGCCAAGUGUCCAAGAUGUUGUUGAAGAAAGCUGCCCAAAUGCAAGACCAGAUCAAGCAGGCCCGCUCCAAUGCUGUGAUCAUUACACAGGGCUUUAAGUUAGACUGUAAAGAGGUCUACCACACCUGCUGCCCCGUGUUGUUCAAGUCUGUACAGGACUGUCUGUGGCUGGCAGUAGCCUCUCAGCACAGCUCCAUCGCGUUCCCGGCCAUCGGCACUGGGAAUUUGGGCUUCGGGGAUGAGGAGGCAGCUCAGAUCAUGCUGAAUGCUGUGUGGGACUUCUCCCAAAGAUCAGUUUUCCUAUAGAAGUACACUUUGUCAUCUUCCCUCAGACAGGAAUCGUUUCAAGGUAUCAACACCAG